AUGGGUUCUACUCUAUCACGACUAGAGGUGUUUACACCUUACUUGACAUAUCCCAAUUUGCUCUCUUUGGCAGCAGCAUACUGUGCGCUUUACUUGGUUGUUGAAGCUUUCUACAACCUCUUCAUCAAUCCCAACUCAAUAUACCCCGGCCCAAAGCUUGCCGCGGUGACAAAGCAUUGGAUUUCCGUUCCUUGGGUGGCUGGGAACUAUCCUCUUAUCAUCAAGGGUCUGCACGAGAAGUACGGGCCCGUUGUGCGUAUCGGCCCCAACGAGCUAUCCUAUAGCUCUGCCAGCUCCUGGAAGGACAUCUACGGCCAUGUCGGGGGCCGCAAGGUAUUUACCAAAAGCUCUUUCUAUAACGACGGCACAGAGCCAUCCGUCGUCAGUGAGCGCGAUCCCCACAAGCACGGAAGGUUGCGCCGCCUUUUGAGCAAUGGUUUCUCGGCGAGAUCUCUGGCGGAGCAGGAGCCGGUCGUGCACCAAUUUGUCGACAAGUUCAUCAUGCAGAUCAACAAACACGUCACCAAUCCCAAGGGUGACGAUAUGGUGAAGUGGUAUACGUUUGUUGCGUUUGAUAUCAUUGGGGAUUUGGCUUUCGGUGAUCCCUUCGGAAGUCUGGAGGAUGGAAAAACACACUUUUGGGUGGAAAAUGUAUCCAAGGGAGUGGCGGCAGGCAAAUGGAUCUUUGCUUUCCAGAAGAACUGGAUUCUCAGUAAUCUUAUCCCCCAACUGGUGCCCAAACAUCUCAAGAUCGCCAGAGAGAAGCAUCUUAACUACUGCCAGGGCAAGAUUGAUAAACGUCUUGAAGAGAAGAACCCCAAGAAGGACUUACUCACAGUCCUCAUCGCCAAACACAAUGCUGGGGAACGGUUCACGCCUGGUGAGAUGAGAAGUAACUCUCAACUGAUAAUUGUUGCCGGUUCCGAGACUACCGCCACCUUCCUUUCCGGCACCUCGUUCUACCUCUGCCGUAACCCGGCCACCUACAAGAAGCUUGUCGACGAGAUUCGUGGUGCCUUCAGCAGCUAUGAUGAGAUCACUGGGCUGGCUACCGAGUCAUUGCCAUACCUCAAGGCCGUCAUCGAUGAGGGCCUUAGGAUCUACCCGCCUGUUCCAAUGGGCAUGCCAAGAGUCAGUCCUGGAGAGACAAUUGAUGGCAAAUACGUCCCCGAGGGAACUAUUGUUAUGACAUCAUCCUAUGCCGCUACACACUCCGAGCUCAACUUCCAUCGUCCGGAUGACUUUGUGCCCGAGAGAUGGAUCGACCCCAACUGUACGGAUAAGAAGGAAGCUAGUCAACCCUUCCUCCUUGGCUCUCGUGUGUGUCUCGGCCGAAGCUUGGCCCUUCUGGAGAUGCGCCUCAUCCUCUGCAAGAUGCUUUGGUCGUAUGAUAUGGAGAUGGUCAAUCCGGAGCAGGAGUGGUUCCAGGAGAACACCUUUGGCAUGCUCUGGGAGAAGCCGAAGCUCCCCUUGAGGUUCAUCAGGCGGGAGGGCGUCGAGGUCCCUCCAGCGGACUAUUGA